AUGCUCUUGGACAAUGAAAACAUGAGUGCUGAUAUAGAGAGAAGGAAAAAAUAUGUGAAUUUAGUCAACUCAGUCAAGGAUUCAGGAGGCACAGUUCAUAUUUUCUCAACCAUGCAUGUUUCUGGAGAACAACUGGCACAACUGACCGGGAUUGCAGCAAUCCUCCGUUUCCCUUUACCAGACCUGGAAGACAUUGAGAUGUAACUGAAGAAAUAUGGAACUUAUGUCUAAUUCUGUUGGCUCCAUUAUGUUGUAUAUCGAAGUUUGUCUUUUAUUUCUUUAUUGAAUUUAUUACCAUCAAAGCUCUUACGAGUUUCAAGUUUUCUGGGCUAGACAAACAUAAUAUCUCUCUGCCAUAAAAUUUUGUGCAAGUCAUAUAUUUGAGUUUAUGCUUCUCUGUCUCUUUUUUUGUUUUUGGGGUGGGGGGG